UAGGAUGCUGGAGAAGGGGAAGGGGAGGGAAAAAAAAAAUCCCUUCACAUCCCCAGCUCAGCCAUCCGCCGCCAGCCAGCCGCACUCAGGACAAUAACACAGCUGGGGAUGCUGAACAGCCACCAGCCGCUCGCCACCUCUCCCACUGCCUGCUGCCUGUGAGCGGAGAGACAGCAAGGGGGGCACUCGCCCAGGGCUGGCGUUUGCCUUUCCCUCCAGAGCUUCCCUGGAUCCGCACAGGGCUGCGAGCCAGAGGGUGAGGCAGCCGGGGGAUUGCAGAGGCUGGGAAAAUGGAGAUCACGGAGGCUGGCGCCAUUCAGCAGGAGAGGCUGCAGGCCAUAGCGGAGAAGAGGAAACGUCAGAUCGAGAUAGAAAAUAAAAGGCGGCAGCUCGAGGACGACAGGCGCCAGUUACAGCAUCUAAAGUCCAAGGCUCUGAGGGAGAGGUGGCUACUGGAAGGAGCCCCGUCGUCCACCUCCGAGGAAGACGAGGCCAUGAAGAAACAGAUGCAGGAAGACGAAGUGAAGACCAAGGAGCUGGAAGAAACCAUCCAGAGGUUAGAGAAGGAGCUGGAGAUUCUGGAGAACGGGGACUCGGCGCCUUCCACCAAGGAGAAGCUGGGGAAGGAGGAAGCCGUGACUGCAAGGGAGGAGAAAGCAGCAAACGCACAGAAGACUCCGCUGGGCACAGCUAAAGCGGAGCAGAAGAUCUCCAACAGCCCCAUGAAGUUGGUGGAGGCCACUGACAUGAUGAAGGCAGCCAUGUACUCAGUGGAGAUCACAGUGGAGAAGGACAGAGUAACUGGCGAGACCAAAGUCCUAUCCAGCACCACCCUGCUCCCCAAGAAUCAUUGCCUGCAGGGGGUCAAGGUGUACGAGGAUGAGAUGAAAGUGGUGCACGCGGUCCACAUGGAGGAUGGAGCCAUCGAGAAUGGGGUCCACCCGCUCAGCUCCUCUGAGGUGGACGAGCUGAUCCACAAGGCAGAUGAGGUGAACCUGGGCGAGGUCUCCCAGAGGGACUCCAAGACCAAGGAGCGUGAAGAGGCCAAGAAGGAGGGUCCCGAGAGCAACCUGCCAAGCCAGAAGACCACGCCCCGGAAGGAGAUCACUGGGGUGCAAGCCAAGCCAGUGGACAGCCCGAGAAUCCUGGCCUCCUGCGAAGGGGCAGAGCCUAGCAAAGAGCAGCCAGUCACCAUGAUCUUCAUGGGCUACCAGAAUGUGGAGGACGAGAACGAGACCAAAAAGGUCCUGGGUCUGGGGGGCACCAUCAAGGCCGAGCUGGUGGUGAUUGACGAUGCCGAUACCAAGCCAGCAACAGCCGGAGCGGCAGACUGCACGGGCAAGGACCACGCCCCACCCAACGGCAGCACCGUGGAGCCCGUGGCCGCCCUGCCGCAGAAGGAAGACAGCCAGGUCGGGGAGAAGCCAGGGGCCAACGACACGGAUCCCAAGGGAGCCGAUCAGGACCUAGACAUGAAGAAACACCGUUGCAAAUGCUGCACGGUGAUGUGAAACAUCCGCCAGCUCCUUCUGACCUCCCGUCAUUGUACAGCCAAAAAGGACUGCCCCCCACCUUCUGUUACCCCGUCCCUCUUAGUUCCCUAGGUUCCACAAACUCCAAGUGACACCGUAUUUUAUUUACUUACCAGACACAACUUCUUUUUCUUAAGAGACUGGGGAAUCAAAUGCAGUGUUUGUAAAGUGUAUAAUAGGCAGCACCAUCUCCCGGCCGCGACAUCGCUCAUCUGACGUCCGCUUCCAUGCAAUAUGCCACUGGCGCUGAAUAUUAUAUUUAUUAUACACGCUUAUUUUCCCCCCCUGCCUUUGUCUCUCCCCCCUGCUCCCCCGUGCCAUGGUAGGGUCUCUCAGAGAUCCUCAGCCCACCAGGGAUGGCCAUCAUGGAACUCUCCCGCCUGUAGGGCUCCUGUUUUUUUUUUUAUUUUACUGAUGGCUUUUCCCCUCGUUAAAUGACACCCUCUGCUGUUAUCCGAAGGAUGCUGGAGCUGAUCUCACUGAUGUGGGGGGAGGGGCUCAGCAGAGGGUCAUCGGACUAGGAAGCCUUCUUAGAUGGUUCUUCAAAAACUGGCUGCUGUUAGGACUUUCUUUCUGGCCUCAUGGAAGGGGAAGGAGGGAGGCCACCCAUGUCCCAGCUCUUUCUCCACACGCCCUGGCGUCAAUGGGCCACGGUUUAGAAACACCCAGGCCACCUGCUCCAGCAAGACAGAAGCUACUGUGUUGUCUUGAUGAGGCCACAGCCCAGCCGUCAGAGCCUGCCUGUCCAGCGGCAGCUUGACUAUCCCCCGCACCCUGGGUUCGUUCCGACGGCGGGUCUCGGGAAACCCAACGAGUCACAGACCCAGCGCCCCAAACCACAGCUCCACAAGAAGUUUGAAGCAGAGGUGUCGGCCGGCAUGUGAGCUGCUGGCCGAAUUUAAAUUUGGCCUGAUCUUGUUGCUUAGAGUUUUUAAGCACUGACCUGAGCCUUCAAACCAGCUGCAAGAUGGACUGUUUCCACGGCAAAAGGAAAAGGACACUCCCUGGAGAUGAGACCUCUGCAAGUGCGUGUGACGUUCCAACACAGCUUGGCCAAGGUCCGUGGGGGUGGUCUGUGAGAUGGACCUGUUGUUUCAACACCUAAAGUUGAUCGUUCCAGGUGCAACAUGCAGCUCCAGAAAAAUGUAGCAGUGUAAAAAAUAAACAGGACUCUGCUGGAUUUCCAGGCAGCAGAAUCAGUCACUCUGGAGUCACUCCUUCUCUGAAGGAACUUCAGUCUGGCACUUACAGUAGUGACCACAAGCCUUAAGGUACUUUAUUGACCCCGCUGGUUUGAAUGCCGGAACCAGGGCCUAUCAGCUCCCACACCCCUGUGAUUUCAUGUUCUCUGCUGGUUUCGACAGAAGAGCGGCUUCUUCAUUUCUUAGCUGGCUUUUCUCUGCUGGAAUGACAAGGCUGUGAGGGGGCGAGGCGGUUGGAAGGAGGUUGACUGCAUCCCCGCUUGCGUUAACUUUUCCCUUGCAGAUGCCACACCAGUAAGGACAUCGGCCACUGAGCUGAUGACUGGAGAUGCUCCCAGUUCUGGACGGUGGGUGAAAUUGGAGGAGGUUGGCCCAAGUCAUGGCCAGCGGGAGAAGGGACUGCUCGUCGGGAGUUCUGGAGGGUUGUUCUGAACAUGCUUGUGGUCAUUAAACUGUGGAGCCCUGGUUAGCCACAGGUAGGACCCUCGUCCCUUGUCAGCACCUCCACCCACUCAGCACUGGCAGCCCCUUGGCAUCAAUGCUGUCACCUUCUCAGUCCAGGGCAGCCCUCCCACGCAACAUGCUUGUGUGGACAAAGUCUGAGCCCUCCAAUCCCUUGGCAUGUCCUCUCUCGAGCGUGCCCUGCCAGAUGCCUUAUUGCUGUGUGGGUGGGGGGAUUAUGAUUUGCCUUUGGCAUCACCUAGUGGCAUUGAUGAGUCCCCUCGAGCCAGUUGCUCGUUCAGCACAUUUGGCCCUGGCAAAGCAAAACGGUUUUCACUUUGUGGCCAAGGAGCCCAGCAAGUGGCUUUGAAGUGGUGCAUAGUUGGGCAGCUGCCACAAUUGCUUGGAGACGCCCCUAAACCAGGCCCCAAUCCUACCCUCCUUGAUACCUGUGCAGGCCUGCUGACACUAAUGAGGUUGUACCAGCUGCACCUGAAAGCAGAACCACUCCCACGUAAAGAGAUGGGGCCGGAUUCUACUUUUGGCUACCCGCUGACUGCUGUGGGUCUGCCCCAGAGCUUGGGGACUCCUCUGGGGGUCACUCACAGAGGUUCCCUCCCUCAGAAUAUGUUUAUUCUUUAACGCUGUUAUGCUGAAGGAGGGUACCUGGUUUUUAAAGCAGCUAAGUGAGUGGCAAUGCUUUGCUUGGCUCAGAGCAGGGGAAACUUUAGUUCUUUUGCUGCUCCUGGUUCGAGUUUGUAGCUAGCCGCUGGGCCCCAGCCACCUCCAGGGAGCCUCCAGUUCUUCUCCAGGCUGAUGUCCGUUCUCGGGAACACCUCGUGGGAGCUCUUCAGAACAGAUGCCACCCUGAUCCCCAAUCGCUUUCCUUGCACCCACUCUCCCCGCAGCGCAGAGCUGUGGACGUGACAAGAUCAGACACUCACUCCCCUGACCAUGCCCGAUGAAUUGCAGACCAGAUCCCAGCUGGUGUAAAUUGCCGGAGCGCCAUCAACUUCAGUGGAGCGACGCCAGCUCACUGACACCCGCUGAGGAUCUACCCCAGGUUCUGCAGCAGAGCAUGACUUGGGAGGCAGUUCUGCUCUGCAACAGCCAGAUUGGCAAGGAUGCUGCAGGUCCCCCAAAGGCAGCUUGUUGGCUGGCUGCCUUUGGGAUCGCAUCUAAGUGGGCAGCCCUUUCCCGCAGAGUGAGUUCCAUAGGGGAGGCAAUGGGAGUUCAGGAUAAACCCCAUCCAGCAGAACAAAUCAAGCAAUGGGCCACAACCCAGUGGUGCCAGUAGAAUGCAGGCUCGGAGCUAGUGGUGAGACCACAUGGAUCGUGUCCUAGGGCUACUGCAUGCGGGUCUCGGGUCUCCUUUGCUGUGACAGGGGCUGAAAUAGGACACGCUGUAGGGUUAGUGGUCGAUCUAGAGAUUGGAGCUUGUGUAGUGCUCAUUGCGCAAGGAGAAGCUAGCGCUCACUUCGUAUUUGGUUCGGGAUGGCAGAGUCAGGGAUGCAUUGGAACUGGGUCAUUCAUCAGCAGUGAAUCAUUUAUCGAUACGACUUUAGACCUUUUUCCCACUCCACAGACAGACUUUGAUGCUGAUUACAAAUUUGCUCGUUACUGGAAACAGUUCGACGAACGCUCAGUGAAAACGAGCUUCCGCCAGCGAGAUGUUGGCAGACCACUCGCUCCGGGAACUUGACAUUAAGCGGGAAUCAGGUUGCGGGCCUGAGUCGUUGGUAUCGCCUCUGCUUUCCAGCUGGAGUGUUGAAAUUUGUUCCGAGCAGGGAUGAGGGAAGAGAUUUGAGGAGGUGCCCCUGGGAACGCUUCCUGCACGGAGCACAUGUUUGCACACGUGUGAGCAAGCUGUGAGUUUCCCAGGAACUUUCUUUCAGACAAAGGAACACAAAAGCUUCUGGGCAUGUUGGCGGCAAUCACGCCUAAUGCCCUCAAGGUCAAUCUGGGCGCCAGAUCCCCAGCUGGGGUGACUCGACUUGGUUCCAUUGGAGUCACUGGCUCAGAUCCCCAUCUUGUGUAAGACAGCCCAGUUCCAUUGACUCCAAUGGAUUUACACCUUCGGAGGGCCUGGCCCUGGGAGUGGAUGAAUGCUUUUUAUUUGUUGAAAAUGUUCGCCUGGCACUAGAGGCUAUGGGGCCAGAUCCUCACCUGGUGUAAAUGGGAAGCCCAAUGGCGUUAUGCCAGUUAAUGCCAGCUGUGUGGUGCAUUGGUGCCAUCACCGCCAUCUUUCUGCCAGGAUGUAGGAACGUGGGUUCCAGGUUGGCCAGUUAAUGGGUAGGUGAUACGUGUGGGGAGGUGGCGCCACGCAACUUUGGUUUUCACCCUGUUCUCUCACGUCAUCCUUAGAGAUUGAGCUCACACAGGUGUGUUGCCCACUGACAACUGCAUCGUCUACCCAGGCAUGCUGGUCCUGAAGGGGGACGUCAUCCUUGCUUCUCUGUUAUGUGAAAAUUACCUCUGGGCAAGAUUAACAGCAUGUGCCCUGUGGGCUUAACUGGACUCAGUUGAUGCCAAGGCUACUUGCUGUUUCUCUGCAGAGGGGUAAAUUUCAGCCUAAUGUGAUGUCUCAAGGAUUAACCAAAGAUCAGGCCCCUGACUGCACAUAAUGGUCUCCCUCCUUCUCCCUCCCCUUGCAAUUUGUGUAGCAUUCGCUGUUAGAGCAUUUCCCCUGCUGUGCAGCUUGAAAGGUUCCUGUGCUCGGUGUUGCCCCUGUGGCUACUCCCUGCCACACCCAGCUACGGUUUUCGCACCCUUCCACUCCGUGCCGGUGGUUCUCAUCCCUGGCGUUAGUCCUUGUUUGGUCAGUCAUCCUGAGAGGAAUCAGGAUCGUGGCAAAGCUUCUGGACUACAACAUACGUAGCCACCUGCGUGCCCAUGGAAAUAACCCACCCAGGGCCAGACCCAUUCUUCCUCCUCACUCCACUGACUUUGAGAGGGGCCCAAUAGGAGGCAGGAGUGAAGUUGGCACCCAAAUACUUUUUAAUCUCUUGGUUUCUAUGUGCCCACAUGCGUGCACACAGAGAGAGACCUCACGACCUGAAGUCUUGAUCAACAGGGAAUACAUUUUACAAUCAAAUUGUUAUUGCCACUUUUAGCUCCGAUCCAGCAAAGCACUAAAGCCCGUGUGUAACUCUGAGCGUGUUCUUUGCUGGACCAGGGAUCCCCUGCCUGUUUGUACCCGGUUCCAUUUCCAGUCUCCUCAAGUUCCCAUUCAAAGAUUCUCGUAGCAGUAGGAGGGCCAGGCCCAAAGAAGCAGAUCCUGGUUAGUCACUUGUAUUUUUUCCACUAGGCUGGCCAGUUCUCUUCGGGCUGUGACAAUCAUUUCCCCAGGGGCCGACGGAGGCCGACGCUUUCCUCUCAGUGCUCAGCCUCCAACCCUUGGCCUUCGAACACAGCAGCAUCUCAGAUGCUUCUCCCCUGGGAUAGGGGUGUAGACCAGCUUCCCCUUGUGGCCCCUGGAAGAGGCACCUGAUUCCCCAGCACUGGGUUUGGCGCAAUCCAGGAUGGACACUGGCAAAGCUUCGACCAGAGCUGAUUCCACACCCCUCAAUUAUUUCAUUUAACUGAUGGUCUUCGCCCACAUGGCUGAGAACUUUGCCAAAGAAUAACGUUAAGGACUCUGGGGCUUUAUCUGUAAUCAUGGCUAUGAAACAGGAUGGGGGUGGGAGGGCCGUAGUGGGAGGCCACAACUGGCUCGCUGGCUGUGAGGUUCUCAAGGGGAUGAAGAGGGGUGUGGCGGGGUGGUGGGAGAGUGACCUGGCUGUACAAAGAAUGACGUUGGCUGCCCUUGCCAGGUGGACACUGUCUUCCCAUAGCCCCUUCCUUGGUCCCGUGCCAACCUGGGGUGGGGCCGGGCUGUGUCCUCUCCUCCACGGCCGGUGGCUGCCGAGAAUCAGCCAGCUUCAUGUCACCUGCUGGUCAGGGAUCUGGCUUCUAGGGUUCCACGGAUCUGGCCUUAGUCCAGCCCCGGGAGCUCUUGCUGUUCUGGGGGCAGCCCCAUCCCCCAGUCCAUGCAUGGGUCAUAUGGGGAGUUACGCUAUGGGGCAGACCUCCCCCAGGUUCCAGUUUAGCUCUGGACCCAAGUGGGGCUUAAACCAGGCACCAGCCUAGCCACAUAGGGCCCGAGUCUGCUCCUGAUGAGCUUUCCACUGCCGCUGCUGUUAAUGGACUCAGGAUUGGGCCCUUGAUCCCUCAACCGGAUCUGGGUGGGGGUGGCUUGAGGGGGAGAAAGCAGGAGCCCAGCACAUUCUGAACAGGAGACUGGUGUGUGGCCCCCUCCUAUAGCCCCUUUUUCCCCUCAUCUGCCUGGCCCCUUACCAGCCAGUGUAUGUACAGGGCGGUCCCUCUGUGAGCCCACCCCCACCACCCUGCCAUUCCUCCCUGCCCCCCCGCUGCGUGACUCGGCUGAAGUGCACUUCCCGCGCUCCUGUGCUUUUUAAUUGUGACGAGCCAUUUGACGUUACAGCCCCCAUUGUUUGUAAUACACCCGAACUAAGCCAAUAAACUGUGUGACUAAUCAG